CGUGUUUUGGGUUAGUACACAGACUGUGUUAAAAAGGGUUAGUAGUAGUUAAAAAAAAUUAAAGUCAGACGGCGCAGCCCAAAUUACGUCAUCACCACGCGUCCAAGAAAGACUCGAGCCUGUACGGUCUCACACACCCUCCCUAACAAGACCAACAAAUUCUACUUGUAACUUGCAUGUCACCCAAGUUAUGUUGGCAAAAGCAGACGAAGGGAAGCCACAGAGAGGAGGAGGAGGAGGAGGAAAGAAGAGGAGACACCCUGCUGAAGAUGGAGAAAGUGGAGACAGGAAGCGGAGGGGAGGUGAAGAAGACGACAAGGGCCAGGGAGACGGUGGCAAGACGCGCCUGGACGCCCUGAGUGUGGGUUAUUUCCGCAGAGUUGGGGAAAGACUCAGUGAAGGCUUUGAAGAUAAUGAGGAGAAAGAGAUGUUUGUGGAGAAUGUUCUCACAGAAGUUAAAGGUAAAGCCGCCCUGGUGGCGAUGGACCGGACAGGGAGCAUCACUCUGCAGCGGCUGCUCCCACUGUCCAGUCCUGACCAGGUGGGGGAGGUCCUGGCUGAACUGGGUGGAGAAUUGGGGUCAGAGUUUAAGACGGUGUCCUGUGAUCGGUGCGGCGGCCAUGUAGUGGAGAGCGCAGUCAGACAGAUGUCCAGGUGUAUAGAGAAGGAGCCGUCUGCUACCACAGAAGAAGAAGACGAGGAGAGUUGUGGAGUGUUGGAGGCGCAGGUGUUGUCUUUAAGUCAGGUAGUGAGAGACAACAGCGCAGAGUUCAUCAAACAUGUUCAUGGCUCACACGUCGUCCGCACACUGCUACAUGUGCUGGCAGGCUGCCUCGGACCCCCCCGCACUGAAUCUCGUCCAGGUGCAAAAGAACGCAACAUUCCUCCUCAGCUGACCGACUUUGAGAUUCCCACGUCAUUUUGGUACGAGCUGAAAAGCCUUACAGAGACAUUGAUGGACAACAUUAAUCUAAGUGUGACAGAUGCGGCUGCCAGUGCAGUGUUCCAGACCAUGUUAACUGUGUGUCACAGAAAAAGGCCCAAACUCUGCAAACAGCUCCUUAAACGCAUCAUGGAGUACCUGACAAGUCGCAGCGCCGCUCCAGGAGUUAGUCCGCUUCUGGUCUUUCUGAAGGACCAGGCCUCCAGUCGCCUCAUUGAGACGAUGAUACAAUUAUCCAACAAGUCCCUUCUCCGUGACCUCUACAAGAACCACCUCAAGGGUCAGCUAGUUGACUUGGCCCUCCAUCCUAUUGCGAACUUCCCUGUGCAGAGGCUAACUGCAGCCACAGCCAAAUACAAACUGUUCCUGAGGUUGUCUGAUGAGCUGAUUCAAGGUGUGGAGGCCAUCCUGGCCUCCGGUCACAUGGGUGUGAUCAUCCAACUGGCAGAAAGCUGUGCAGAAAGUGAAGUGAAACAGGAAGAAUUGAUGCAGUGUCUCCUCCGUGCGUUCCACUGUGCUGAGCCUGGCUCUCGACACGUCAGCUGCCUCCCUCUCUUCAUGUCCCUGCUCACCUAUGAGGUGUAUUACCACUCUGACACAGCAGAGGGCAACAUACAGACGGAGGUCCCGUUGUCCUCCAUCUGUUACCAUGGUUCCCGACUGGUCCAGGCACUGGCCAGGUUCAAGGAGCGCUCACUCCUCCUCAGCAGCCUGCGCACUCUGACCCCGGCUGACCUCCUGACGCUAGCCUCUGACCCCUCAGGCAGCCACGUCCUCCAGGCCCUCAUCACCACAUCCAGCGACAAGGGAAGAGGCAAGAUCCUCAAGAGACUGGAGGGCCAGUAUGUUCAAAUGGCCUGCUCCAGGUUGGGUAGUCGGGUGCUGGAAGCUGUAUGGAACAGUGCUUCAGUCAGUCAGAGGCAAAGCAUCGCACAGGAACUAGUGCCGAGUGAAAGCCAGCUGAGGUCAGAUCAGUUUGCUCGCCAUGUGUGGGCCAAAUUUGCCCUCUCACACUUCAUUCACAGAAAACCCCACUGGCAGGAAAUACAGACCGGCGAGUCCAAGAAGCGGAAGCUCUUCAGUGACAUUCUUGAGUAAAAAAAAAAAAAGAUAAACAUAUUUAAAUAAUCACUUUUGUGUUUUUUGGUUUUUUUUUUUUUUUUUAUGUGAUUGGAUACAAAAAAUAAAACCUUUAUUAGUGUGUUUAUUAUCAACUCGGAUCCUUUGAAAUGGCAAUGGAGUUCUAUUCACAUUUUUAGUGUGUGAUGUAUGGAGCAUAGUGGCCACUAAGGGGUGCUAGUGUAAUGUUUAGAUUUAUUGUGAAUCUUAUUCUCCCAAUGGUCCAUAUCUUCAAAUGAAGAGAGAAACUCAAAUAUGCUGAAAUGUGUGAACAUAAGAGAAACUGAAACACUGAAGACAAAAAGCUGACAGUUUUUUAAAGUUUGUUUUUAUUUGGUUUGUUAGUGAUGUUGCUAAAUAAUAGUGACAAAAAUAACAGUGGAGAAGAAGCACAGGGCCAAGAAGCCACUCUGCAGGACAGCAUGUUUUAUCGGUGUAGCAACAACAACAAAGGCCAGCAUUCCCCUAAAUGCAUUGUCAAUUCAUAUAGUUUGAUUUGACAACAUAGGAUGCAUUUUUCCAUACUAGAAAUACUAUACUGACAGUUUCCUAAUAUGUAAGGUGUAGACCGCCAUAUUUAUAACAUCCAGGGGCCUUUCUACAUUCUUUUAACCAGUUUUAACAAAGAAAUUUAUUCAUAUUCAAUCCCAAGUUCUUGAGGCAAAAUAGUCAUGUUGACGUGUGAGGCAGAAAACUAAAAAUCAUUAUACGUUGUUCUCCCAAAUUUUACUUUUUAGAAAAGUCUGUUGAGACUGAUUCAACAGAGAGGUGCUGAUUCAACUGUUGUGAGGUUGUGUUGGGUUGCUCAAUUGAUUUGUAGAAUGUUAUAUUUGUGCACUUUCAUGUAUGUGAAUUAAGUUGGGGAAAAAAUACAAGUAUCGCACUAUACAUUAAUACCUAGGUACAGUCUCAAAACAUAACUAAACGCAACUUUUAAAGAUAACUAAAGGUGAAGCCUUCCCAAGUAAGGUUGUUAUUUAAUGAAGUUUCUGCAUUGCACGGAAUUACAUCAUGAAAGUAUUUCUGUUUUUCUGGUCACUGAGUGUACAUAAUGUACAGUGAUACACUUGCUCACCACAAGCGCAUGACAACCUAGAAAGCAAGUUAAAACUGCAUCUUUCAUGGAAGAAUAUUUGAAGCAUUAGUUUACUCAAAUCUGGAAGAAGAAAAAAUAUCUUCCCACUUUCCCUGAGUAAUAUUGAACUCUGAAUUUUGGGGGUUUUGUAGUGAGGUUUUGAUAUGUGCCGACACCCCAAUAAAAUUAAGCUGAAUGGAA